AGAGAUCUUACUACUUUUCAAGGACAGAGCAGAGCACAAAGAACCUGCUGCAAGGACACCUCUUUGCAAGGAUCUUGGGAGGUUUAGUUUUGAUCUUUUUUUUUUUUUUUUUACCUCUAGACUGAUUGUCAUACUCUUUUUCCACCAAGAGCGAGUGUGGAAGCCAAAGAACCAGGAUGUCAAUGGGUUUGGAGAUCGUGGGCAUUGCCCUCGGAGUCAUAGGAUUUAUCUUGGCUAUUGUGGUCUGUGCCCUGCCAAUGUGGAGGGUGUCAGCCUUCAUUGGAGCCAACAUCAUCACCGCACAAACCAUCUGGGAGGGUUUGUGGAUGAACUGUGUCAAUCAGAGCACCGGUCAAAUGCAGUGCAAGAUCUAUGACUCCAUGCUGGCCCUACCUCAGGACCUGCAGGCUGCCAGAGCUAUGAUGAUCAUUUCAAUUAUCCUCGGGGUGCUUGGGGUCAUGAUCUCCAUCGUGGGCGCCAAGUGCACCAACUGCAUUGAAGAUGAGCCAUCCAAGGCAAAAGUGAUGAUCAUCUCAGGGAUCUUCUUCCUCCUCGCCGGCCUCCUGGUCCUCAUCCCGGUCUCCUGGUCCGCCAGCAGCACCAUCCGUGACUUCUACAACCCCAUCUUGACCACCGCGCAGAAGAGGGAGCUGGGGCCCGCGCUCUACAUUGGCUGGGCUACCGCUGCCCUGCUCCUGAUAGGUGGAGCGAUGCUGUGUAGCAACUGCCCCCCCAAAGAAAAGAAGUACAAGCCCCCUCGUAUGGCCUACUCAGCCCCACGUAGCACCAGUGGCGGCGCCGGUGGCUACGACAGGAAGGACUAUGUGUGAACACAGUCAUGAGUCAUCGGGCAACUCAGUUUGACAAGUAGGAUGCAAUGGAGGAGAAAAGACCUUUGUUUCUUGAACAUUAAGUGUUUUGUGUGUGUGUAUGUGUGUGUGUGUGUGUGUGUCUACAUUGUGCUCUCAAAGAGAAAUUACAGGGUGAAUCCCUCCAGAAGACUCCGAGAUGAAGGGAUGUGUGUGUAGUAAUGUUGCUUCUGUUGCUUGUUUUUGUUCACUGACACACUCAGUGCCGUAGUUCUAGUGCUUUUCAACAUGGAUUUCACUGCCUCCAAGUGAAAGCCUUGUACCUCCAAAAUAUCAGCCUUUGAUCCUUUAAGAGGAAUAAUUUUGGUCUUAGCUAUACUGCCAUGCAUUAUUUGCAUGGCUUUGAAAAGGUUUUGUGAGUCCAAGGCUCACAGAACUCAGGAAAUCACCGAUAUUGGAGCUACAAGGCUUCAUCCAGCAAUGUAAAUUUGCAUGUGGUGGAGUCAUGAAGCUUCAUGUUUUCAACCUUAACAUCAUUAUAGCUUUUUUUUUUUUUUUUUUUUUUUAAUGAUAAUAUGCUUUCUAAAAGCUCACCCUUUCAGAUAUAUAGCAUAUUUGUAUGAAUUACUGUGGCAUCAUGUGAGCCCUUGCUUUUUGUGUGCUUAGCUCCAUUGUUUGCUGUUGGCUAGUUGGUGUCAAGUUUCACUCAAACUUCCAGUUGAUGCAGCUCUUCGUUUCAAUGACAAUGGAAAGGAAGAGCUGCUCUCAUUUUACAUGGAUUUGAUUGUGAUUCCUGUGUGUGUGUGUGUGUGUGUGUGUGUGUGUGUGUGUGUGUGUGUGUGU